AUGUCAAAGAGUAUUGUUCGUUCUCUCAAGAACGUGGCCAAUGGUUACACCCAUUCCCAAGUUUUGGUUAGAAACUGCACUGCCACAAACUCAGAUGGCCCAACUGUGGGCCAAAUGGAAGAGGUGGCACACUUCACAUACAACGAGGUGACAUUCAAAGAAGUCAUUGAUAUCAUUGACAGAAGAUUAAAUGAUAAGGGUAAAUAUUGGAAGCACGUUGCUCAUUCUUUGACACUCUUACAUUAUUUGGUCCUCAAUGGUUCUGAAAACGUGGUGAGAUGGUCAAAGAACAACUUGUACAUUAUCAAAACUUUGAGAGAAUUCAUGUAUGCUGAUGAAUCAGGGUAUGAUCAAGGAGCGAUUAUCAGAGCCAAGGCCAAAGAAUUAACCAGUUUGUUAAGAGAUGAUGAAAGAUUACGCCAAGAAAGAGCCGCAAGAGGUAUCAAUGACAAAAGAAAAAGAGGAAGAGGAAGAAGAGAUAGAAAUGGCAGCGAAAAUUUUGAUGAUGACUUGCAAAGGGCACUCGAGGAGAGUAAACAGUCUGCAGUUGAUGAUGAUGAAAGAAGAAAGAGACAGAACAAUGAAGACGAUGAUUUCAAUAAAGCUUUGCAAUUAUCAAAGGAAGAAGAAGAAAUGAAGAGAAUGAAAGAGCAACAGCAACAAAAUUUGUUAGAUCUUGAUGACGAGCCUCAGAUUACCACCGGUACGCAGUAUCAGAUAGGCUACAUUCCACAAACCCAGUAUGUCCAAUUAGAUGUGUUUGGUAACCCAUUGGCAUACGGUCAACAAAACCCAAUGACGACGGGAUUUUUGAAUAAUGCCUAUGGUGGCUAUGAUCCAAACGCAUUUGCACAACAGCCACUACAAACUGGAACUAACAACCCUUUCUCAAUGUCUAACCAAAACAAACAGAGAGAGGACGAAUUGAGACAACAACAGCUAUUGGAAGAACAAAGAAGACAACAAGCUCUUUUGGAGGAGCAAAGAAGACAACAAGCUCUUUUGGAACAGCAGGAAAGAGAAAGAUUAGUGGCUUUGCAACAGCAACAACUACAACAACAACAACAGCAACAGCAACAACAGCAGCAACCAGUUCAACCUGUCUUGACGGGAUCUCAAAAGAUGAACGACCAAUACUCCGCCUUAAACCAAUUAUUGGCAGAAGGUACAGGUGUUGACACUUUUGGUAACACUGGGGACUCUAGAAUUCCACAAAUUCAUACUUCUAGUACGCCAUUUGUUGCUAGUCAGGGUACUGGUUUGAACAUGAAUAUUGCCGCUAACACCGGGGCAAACAAGAACUCAAAUCCAUUCUUUCAACAAUAUACUGGUAUCCCAAGCACUGCUAACAUGGCUUCUCAGCCUACCGGAUAUGGAUUCGGUAAUGCACAAAGUCAAGCUAAUGGAAAUGGUGCUGUGAAUACCCAAAGCUUGAUCGAUCUCUGA